AUGGGAAAGGCUUUAGAUCGAUGGCGUUAUAAUCAUCUGGUGUAUGUCAGACGUAAAAUACCCAAAUCAUCAACAUCAGCUACAUCAAUUCUUUCAGAAGAGCCCUUAUGCUAUAUGUCCCACCGUAACCCUAGAUCUACAGUGGUGAGCGUACGGCGCACACGUGCAUUUUUCAGUAGGAUGUCACGAGUGAUGCGGCGUGCUAAACGCACAACUAGGGCACGUGCCUCUAUACGGUUUUGA